CUUUUCUUUCACCAAAGAGUCUUCUUGUGGGUGUGGAGGUUCUUGGCCGGAGAAGGAACCGGCUCGGCAGGCCCCAGGCCCGUGCUGCCGCCAGAGAUCAACAAGGUUGUCCAGGCCGGCGUCCUCGGGCAGGAAGGGCCCCCAGCCUGGGGCCAUUUCAAGAGGAACUUCCUGCUAACCGGCAACCCGGGUGGAGAUUCUCGGUGGCCACACAGGUUUGUUCCUGCGUUUGCGUGGAGGGAGGACGGAGGCCCAGAUGCCUCUGGGAUCAGAGAACCUCUGUGACGCCGGAAGAGGAGAACUUCCUGCCCGAGGGUGAAGAAGACGCGUGGUGAUGGAGGGCAGGUGGAAAGGCAUCUCGACCGUGCUGGUCAUCCUGGCUGGGCUGGCAGCUUCUGGAUCCAGCUAUCAAAUCAUAGAAGGUCCCAAGAACGCAACAGUGCUGGAGGGCUCGGAGGCUCGCUUCAACUGCACGGUCUCACAGGGCUGGAGGCUCAUCAUGUGGGCUCUGAAUGGCACGGUGGUUCUGAGCAUCACGCCCUCAGAGCCCAUCAUCACCAGUGACCGCUUUACCUCUGCGAGCUACCAAGAGGGCGGCAACUCCAUCUCUGAGAUGAUAAUCCAUGAUGUGCAGCUCCGUGACGCGGGGCACAUCAAGUGCAGCCUCCAGAACAGCGACCGCGAUGCAUCUGCUUUCCUUUCAGUGCAAGUUAUGGGGGCGUUGCUCAUUCCCGGAGGCAACCUUGUAGUCGCGGAGGAUGAACCUUGUAAUGUGACUUGCCACGCAUGGGGCUGGAUCCCGCCCCCAGGUAUUUCCUGGGAUAUCGGCGUUCCCGUGAGCCACUCGAGCUAUCAUUCCAUUCCGGAGCCCAACAAUCCCCAAAGUGCAGUGAGCGUCCUGACUCUCACACCACAGGGCAACGGGACUUUGACUUGUGUGGCUACCAUGAAAGGGCUGCAUGCCCACAAGUCUGUAACUGUGAAUCUUACCGUGGUUCAGCCUCCUUUGGGCAGUAUUGAUAAAGCAGGUACAUCAUUGCCUACCUGGGCCAUAAUUCUGCUUGCAGUAUCAUUUUCGUUGCUUUUGAUCCUGAUCAUUGUUCUGAUUAUAAUAAUCUGCUGCUGUUGUGUCUCCGGGAGAGGGAAAAAAGAAUCUAGUUAUCAAAGUGAAAUAAGGAAAUCUGCAAGUGUGAAGACAAACAAAGAAACUUUUGAGACAAACUUAGAAAGUGGCAGUGAAAACCUGGGCUACCAUUCAGAUGAGCCGCGGACAGCAAAACUUGCUUCUUUUGCUCCAGUGUCCUCUGAAUCCAGUGUUCAGGAGCAACACAGCAGUAGGCAACCUUAUCAGGGACCUGACCGCCGGUGGCGGGGUCCAGCAGGUCGCCCGCAGGUUUCCUUCCCCGUGGCCAGUCCUAGGACCGUGAGGAAUGUAACUUUGGUCUAGCGAAGACGUCCCUCGGGUUCCAUUCUGCACAUGGCUGAUAACAUGCAUCACGCCCGCGUUGUCCUUCCUCUCUGUCCCAAGGCUGGGCUCCCGCUUCGCCAGUGUUACCGGGAAGCAGUGAUACUGGAGUAAUCGGAAUGGACACUUUAUCGUGAAAGAAGGGGUCCAUUUCCCCACCUUCCAGCAUAGAAUUUGGUUUUCAAAACGUUUCACGAUUUUAGUGAAUUCCACCAAGUUGCUGAGUAAAAGCUACGAGUCCAUCGUGGUGAUUUACUCGUCACCGGACACUCCUUCUUGCUCUCUAAUAAGUGGCAGAUAAGCCUAUAUCAUACCAUGACUUUUAAAAUAUUUUUGUUAUUGUAAUCAUAUGAAGACAAUAUUUAUGUAUGUUUAAUAUGUGGGACAUUAUUGUAUAUUGUUUGUGAAAAAAAGAGCAUACAUAUUAGGAUCAAUCAGAAAUCUAAGAUUGCCUGGGAAAUCAGAACUCAUAGGUUAAGAAAAGAUUAAGUUCAAAGCCGACGUACACAUUGUGGAUAUUUCCAUGAAGACAUUCACUUUCGUCUGCUCCUUAUCAGGCUCCCUCUCCAAUGAGUUAGAUGUGGAUUUUGCUUUGUGGGGGAUGUAACUUACAUACCACAAAUGCCAUGAAAACACUGGAAAUGGGUAACGUGUUCUUUAAUAAAUAAAAGAGAAAACACCAAAAAA